AUGGCUGCGGGCAUACAAAGCCCUCCCCACCUCCCUGUCAAAUUCAAUCUCUUUGUGGCCGGCACCAAGAAGAAAUCCGGAAUGGUGGCCCCGCAGGUCAGUAACACCAAGAAGAGAAAGGCCGAAGAUGAGGAUACUGAUGUCGAUGAUCCCAAGUCGCACCCUCCAUCCUCAAAGCCAAGACAGAAGAGGAAGAAGAAGUUCUUGUCGGCCGACGAGGACAAAGUUUGCACCGGGACUAUUUAUGUAAAGUCCAAUGCAGCAUCAGACAAGGAUUCGGAUGCAGCUGGUCCGGAUUUAUCCGAUGCGGCGGAUGACGAGAGUUUCCUUGAAGUAGAGACAAGGCCUGCCGAAUGGGGUCAGGAUUCUCAGAUCGCAACGCCGUGGAAGCAUUCCGUCCGUUACCAUCCUCGGCAGUGCGACAAGUGCACCAAAUUGGACAUACCCUGCGUUGUCCUUCCGGACAAAAAGUUUGGAUACACUCGACUCGCAUGCGCAAACUGCGAUCACAUGAAGAUCACCUGUGCCAUCGACGGUGUCGGCGUCAGGCAGAGAAUGCAAGCGAAGGCGGCCGCGGCAACAUCAAAGCCGGCCAGAAACUCUGGAACGCGCAUGAAGACGUCCCGCGCGAUCUCCAAGACCCCGGGUAAGAGAUCACUUGCCCAACCCCCUCGGGUUGAGCUCGACGUAAUUGAAGAGAAGAAGCAACAGCCGGGUCCGCCGGUCGGUGCGCCCAUGCGCAAAGUCCCAACCGUUGGCACAAGCCAUCGGCCGGCACAGGACGAUCAGCCUGCGCCAGAAAACCGCGCCGAUCCCGAGCCAACUGCAAGAGACAUCUUGCAGAGCAUCCACGACCUCGGCAGGAGAUUGGAUCUCCUGGCCACCAAUGAGAGGGUGGACGCCUUGGAGGUAAGAGUGCGUUCGGUGGAGAAUAUCCUCCACCAGCGGUUAGACGCACUGGAGCAAAGGCUCAACGCCUCAGAUGCCCGGUAG